AAAUGAAAUAAAAACCAAAAGAAUGUUUCUACUAUUAACUCUCAUCAUCAUCGCAUUGGCGCUCGUGGUGUUCGCGCUCGAGCGGCAUUACACCUAUUGGCAGCGACGUGGGGUGCCACAGGUUGCGCCCCGUUAUGUGGUUGGCAACAUCCAGCGCACACCUGGCGGUCAAGUGCAGCUACGCCACUUCAACAAGCUACUCUACGAGGAGUACAAGAAGCGUCGACCUUUUGUGGGCAUGUAUAUCUUCUUCACGCGCGCCGCACUCAUACUUGAUUUGGAUGUCAUCAAAGACAUCUGCAUUAGUAAGUUUUCGAACUUCCAAGAUCGCGGUGUUUUCUCGAAUCCACGCGAUGAUCCACUCACCGGUCAUCUGUUUCGCUUGGAGGGCGAGCAAUGGCGCGCCAUGCGCCAGAAACUCACGCCCGUCUUCUCUUCAGGCAAUAUGAAAUACAUGUUCCCCACCGUGCUGAAAGUGGGCAAUGAACUGACGCAAGCAUGCCACGCGGCGAUCGCGGACAGCACACAUAAGGGUGAGCUGGAAAUGAAGGAGCUGUGCGCGCGCUACACUACCGAUGUAAUUGGCACUUGCGCUUUUGGCAUUGAGUGCAAUAGCCUACGCGAUCCGCAGGCUGAGUUCAGAAGUCGCGGCCAUGCCGUCUUCUCCGAACAACGGCACUCACAACUCGUGCAGACAUUCAUGCUGAUGAAUCCAGAUUUGGCACGUCGUUUGCGUUUGAAGUUCUUUCCCGACCACAUAAUACAGUUCUAUGUGGAUGUAGUGCGUCAAACUGUGGAGCUGCGACAGCGCGACAGAGGCAAACGCAACGAUUUUAUGGAUUUGAUGAUCGCCUUGAAGGCGGAAGACGAGCGUUUGUCGGCGAAAAGUGAUGGCAUCGACCUUUCGCAAGGUCUUACGCUGCUGCAAAUAGUGUCGCAAGCGUUUGUCUUCUUUGUGGCCGGUUUUGAUACGUCUUCGACGACCAUGUCGCUGUGUCUAUACGAGCUCGCAUUGAAUCCGGCGAUACAGGAGAAGGCGCGCAAUGAGAUCGAACAUGUGCUGAAAGCGCAUAACGAACAGCUCACAUACGAGGCGCUAAAUGAAAUGCAGUAUCUUGAUCAAGCAGUGGAUGAAACACUGCGCAAAUACCCCGUUGUGCCGUAUCUGGUGCGCAAAGCUAAGGAGGACUACUUGGUGCCCAACACCAAUGAGGUCAUCGAAAGCGGGUCUCUUGUAGUGUUGCCUGUGCACGCCAUUCAACACGACUCUGAGCUAUACCCGGAGCCGGAUAAGUUUGAUCCCGAACGUUUUAACACCGAAGAGCAUAGUGAUCGUCAUGCUGCUGCGUACAUGCCAUUUGGCAAAGGACCUCGCGCCUGUAUUGGCUUGCGUUUUGGCAAAAUGCAGGCCAAGGUAGGGUUGGUUAAUUUGCUGCGUCAUUUCCAGUUCAGCAGAUCCGCACGAACUCAAGUGCCACUCGAUUUUAUUGAACGCAUUUUCCAAAUCACACCAGCCAGCGGCAUACAUUUAAAUGUGGAGCCUUUGAAAGUCGCGCGAUAGGACAACAAAUAGUUUUUUAUGGCAAUGAAAUGAGUUUUGAAAUAGACUUUUUAAUUUAUAGUUGAAAUGUUGUGUCAUUAAGUUAUUAAUAAGUCUCCACGUAAAAUAAAAUCUCGGGAAUUUUUCCUUGAAAGGUGCGUAUUCGUUAUUAGAAAAACCUGCUUGAU